AUGAAAGAAAAGAAGGAAAAACCUGAGGAAAAAACAGUCCACAAAGAAAAGAAGAAAGAGAUAGUAGAGGAUGAGGAAAAUGGAGCUGAAGAGGAUGAGGAAGAGAAUCCUGAUGAUGUGGAUGAAGAAGAAGGUGGUGAUGAGGAUGAAGGAGAUGAGAAUGGGCAAGAGCAGGAUGGUCACGCAGAAAAACGAUCUGCAGAGGAGGAGGAGGAUGAAGUGGAUCCAAAGAGACAGAAGACAGAAAACGGGUCUUCAGCUUGAGUCCUCCCCUCCCAUCUCCUCUGUUCCGUCCAUCUCUCUUCCUCCAUUCCAGCCUGUGCUUGCACUGUCCGUUAGCCUCUGGCUUCACACAAUCUCAGAUGAGGAAAGAUUAGAAAUGCUCUCAAACAGGGAAGACAGCAGUUUCCUUCUCACCUGAAGACCUAGCCCAUCUGUGACAUUCCCCAGCUGAAAUCGUUCCAGUCCCCCACAUCCCUUCAGCUGUGCCCUACAUUCAGAUGAUCAUUCUCUUCCCUCAAGAAUCUCAUUGUUUCCUGGGGCCUGGUACAUAACCUUGCCAGCCCCGUAUGUCAGGCUCCUCACAUGGCAAGCACCUCUCCUUCCCUCUUCACUUGCUCUCCUUUUUUUGUCACCAGUAUGACUGAGAUUCUUGAUAUCCUCUGCUCCCCAGACCUGCUGUCAGAUAUCCUCCCUGAGUCCAGGAGCCUGCGGGCACAGAUCUCAUGGUGCAUUUUCCAGUCCUAGACCUUCUCAUCUACUUUCCCACUGAACCCUGAGAGACAAAGAAAAAGAAUAUUACAAGCAAAUAAUGGUUCUAUUAAAUCACACACACGGAGACAGAAUUUAAGCUUUUUUUUUUCCAAGUUUACAUGACAGCAAGCUGGCCCUCGUGAAUUUUUCGGAAGAUAAGGUUGUUUUUAUAUAUGAAAUUCAUCUGAACUGCGUAUUUUUUUAAUUUGGAGGCUUUUUUAAAACAAAUCAAGAGAGAAACAAUUGGGGACCAAACUUUUGAUUUCCAUUUUUUCCCUUCAGAUUUUCUUGUGACCAUUUUUUGUAAAUUAAAGGCAAUACAGCCACAGCAUUUUCUAUGGCACAGACAUCACGAGGAUGAUAUAAAUAUAUAUAUUGUUUUCAACUAGCACUGUAAAUAAAAGCGUUUAAAAAUA